GCGGGACGGAACGAAGCCCUGGGGUCCAAGCUCCAGCGCCCAAGCUCCAGCCCCAGCCCGCCCGCCUCCGGGACAGCAACUCCCCGCCUAGUCCCAGGCUGCAGCGCGGGCUGGUCCAGCCUCCGCUCCGGUGCCCGUGCUGUGACCUGCAUCCCGGGAGUCCGGCUCCAGCUGCGGCUACGCGGCAGGUGCCGCCUCCUCUUGUGGUCGUGGUCACCAUGUUCUCCUGCGUAAAAGCCUAUGAGGACCAGAACUACUCAGCACUGAAGCGGGCCUGUCUGCGCAGGAAGGUGCUCUUUGAGGACCCCCACUUCCCGGCCACUGACGACUCACUCUACUAUAAGAGUACCCUAGGGCCCGCAGUCAGGUGGAAGCGGCCUAAGGAUAUCUGCGAUGAUCCCCGCCUCUUUGUAGAUGGCAUCAGCUCCCAUGACCUGCACCAGGGCCAGGUGGGCAACUGCUGGUUUGUGGCUGCCUGCUCGUCACUGGCCUCCCGAGAGUCCCUCUGGCAAAAGGUCAUCCCAGACUGGAAGGAGCAGGAAUGGGACCCCGAGAAGCCUGAUGCCUAUGCCGGCAUCUUCCAUUUCCACUUCUGGCGCUUCGGGGAGUGGGUGGACGUGGUCAUCGAUGACAGGCUGCCCACAGUCAACAACCAGCUCAUUUACUGCCACUCCAACUCCAGAAAUGAGUUCUGGUGUGCCCUGGUGGAGAAGGCCUAUGCCAAGCUGGCAGGCUGUUACCAGGCCCUGGACGGCGGCAACACGGCAGAUGCAUUAGUAGAUUUCACGGGCGGUGUUUCCGAACCCAUCGACCUGACCGAGGGGGACUUUGCCAACGACGAGGCCAAGAGGAAUCAGCUCUUUGAACGGGUGUUGAAGGUGCACAGCAGAGGCGGCCUCAUCAGUGCCUCCAUCAAGGCUGUGACAGCAGCUGACAUGGAAGCCCGCCUGGCAUGUGGCCUGGUGAAGGGCCACGCGUAUGCCGUCACCGAUGUACGCAAGGUGCGCCUGGGCCAUGGCCUGCUGGCCUUCUUCAAGUCAGAGAAGCUGGAUAUGAUCCGCCUGAGGAACCCCUGGGGCGAGCGGGAGUGGAAUGGUCCCUGGAGCGACACCUCGGAGGAAUGGAAGAAAGUGAGCAAGGGUGAGCGGGAGAAGAUGGGCGUGACCGUGCAAGAUGACGGCGAGUUUUGGAUGACCUUCGAGGACGUGUGCCGGUACUUUACCGACAUCAUUAAGUGCCGCCUACUUAACACAUCCUACCUGAGCAUCCAUAAGACGUGGGAGGAGGCCCGGCUGCAUGGCGCCUGGACGAGGCAUGAGGACCCGCAGCAGAACCGCAGCGGAGGCUGCAUCAACCAUAAGGACACUUUCUUCCAGAACCCUCAGUACAUAUUUGAAGUCAAGAAGCCAGAAGAUGAAGUUCUGAUCUGCAUUCAGCAGCGGCCCAAGCGGUCAACUCGCCGAGAGGGCAAAGGCGAGAACCUGGCCAUCGGCUUCGACAUCUAUAAGGUGGAAGAGAACCGCCAGUACCGUAUGCACAGCCUGCAGCACAAGGCCGCCAGCUCCAUCUACAUCAACUCGCGUAGCGUCUUCUUGCGGACGGAGCAGCCCGAGGGACGCUACGUCAUCAUCCCCACCACCUUCGAGCCGGGCCACACUGGCGAGUUCCUGCUCCGAGUCUUCACAGACGUUCCCUCCAACUGCCGGGAGCUGCGCCUGGAUGAGCCCCCUCGUACCUGUUGGAGCUCCCUGUGUGGCUACCCUCAGCAAGUGACCCAGGUCCAUGUCCUAGGGGCUGCUGGCCUCAAGGAUUCCCCGACAGGGGCAAACUCAUACGUGAUCAUUAAGUGUGAGGGUGAGAAGGUCCGCUCGGCCGUGCAGAGAGGGACCUCGACCCCGGAAUACAAUGUGAAAGGCGUCUUCUAUCGCAAGAAGCUGGCUCAGCCCAUCACCGUGCAGAUCUGGAACCACCGAGUUCUGAAGGAUGAAUUCCUGGGCCAGGUGUGCCUGAAGACGGACCCGGAAGACCUGCAGGCCCUCCACACCCUCCACCUCCAGGACCGCAGUCGCCGGCAGCCCAGCGACUUGCCCGGCACCGUGGCUGUGCACGUCCUCAGCAGCGCCUCCCUCACAGCCGUGUGACACCGGCCCGCUUGCCCGGCCACGCUAGUUCUCACCAGUCCUUGCAUGUCCGCACCUGGCCUGGGACCAGCCCGGGAACCAGACACGGGGGGCCCUUUCCCCACUCCUCCACUGACCAACUGCGUGACCUGAGGAGAGCCCUGCCCCUCUCCGAGCCUCAGUGUUUGGAGGACAUCUUCUUGCCUAAGAUUUCAAGUAGUUCUCUCUACCCAGGGGGCUCUGCUGCUAAGGGGCCAUCUGUCGAAAAUGUUUCCCCAGGCCCUGUCUGCCGAGGAGUGCCAAGAUGUCACUUGUUUACACACAAACUGCCAUGUCCCGAGCCCCGCCCCUCCUCGCCCCCCCCCCCCCGUUUUCUAGCUUCCCUUCCAGGUCUUUACUCUAUAGCAGCGUAAGGUAACCUUAAUCUUCUUAUCUUCCUGCCAACUUUCACAGUGGUGAGAUUAUAGGCAUGUACCACUACACCAGUUUAUAUGGUGCUGGGUCUCGAACCUAAGGUUUGGUGUAUGCUAGGCAGGCACUCUAUCAACUGAGCUACAUCUCUGGUCCCAUUACACCUCUUUUUAUAAGCUGUUUUGAAGGAGCCCUUAGUGGGCAUCAGCCGGGACGUAUGCAGGAGGCAUUGGCUCCUUGUCUAAUACCCUGUCCCAUUUAGCUACUCAACAUAGAUUUGCCCAAUUAGCCCAAAGAGCCACCCUAGGCUUCCCUAUCUUCAGGUCUUCUCAGAGGUAGACACCCCCUGACUUCACCCCCAUCUCUUACAGAGCUGUGGCCACACCCCUGAGAAAGUGUUAUCCCCCAGCCUCUGCCUGUGAUGUUGGAAAGAGUGGCUUGGGUCAGGCAGGUGGAUGGAGGACUCUGGGAGACCCUAGGGGGACACACACUGCCUCUGUUGAAGGACCUGGGGGUUUUCUCAGAGGAAAGGGCUCCAGGAGCCAGGGUGGAUGGUGCCAGGCCUUCAGGGUGAUGUCAUCUGUUGGGUGUCACAGGCAGGGACUCGCCUGUCCUGGUGAGACCUGUACCAGCAUCCCCCAGACAGCAAGGAGGCCACCAUGCUCUUGCUGUGUGAACCACCAAUAUCCCUUUCAGUCAUCAACGUUUCAUAGUCUCAGCACCUAG